AUGGAUACCUCGAGUGAGCAGCGCCGGAGAACAGGAGGCGGCGGCGGCGGCGGCGGCGGCGGCGGCGGCGGAGGAGGAGAAGGAAAAUCAGCAGUCGGGGAGAGAAUGGGCGGAGGCGAGGGCGGAGAGGCUGGCGGAGGAGCCGUCCCGGAGGAACGACUGCCGCUGGCUGAAGGAUCCGGCGAGGUAGCUCGGGGAGCCGAUGCUGGAGCCGCGUACGUUAGGAGAGACCCAGAAGGAGCUUUGGGGGGAGGAGAGGAGGGAGGCCAGGGACCGGUGGGAGGGGACGUUUCUCAGGUCGGCGGAGCUUCUGUUCAUGGUGAGGGCAGCGGCGGCGCCGGCCACCGCGGCGGAGGGGGAGUUGCAGAGGGGUCUUUGAGAGUAGGGGUGGCGAGGGAUACUGGAGAAGGAGGAACGGCUCGGGGAGUGGGCCGGGGAGCGGUGGGCUAUCUGGAUGGCUCUGGAAGGGGAAGGGGAAGGGGAGGAACGGAAGGAGGAAAAUGCGGCGGCGGCGGCGGGGGAAGAGGAGAGCGGCGGAGGGGUGAGGAGAGGGGUGGACUCGGAGGCGGGGGGGUCGCCGGAGCUGGUCCUCGCGUCUCGCUUGCACACGGGGCAGAAGGUCCUCCACGUCGUCAGCCAUGAGUCCACACACUGCGCGUGGAACUCUGCACGGACAGAGAUAGAGAGAGAAAAUGUGAGAAGAAUCGCAGAGCCCGGAUGGAGGUGUGUACGAGAUCACUGAGCUCAAUUUAUGAAGGCAGGAGAAAAAUUUACAGAAGAGAGAGAAAAUAAGAUCCCCAUACCGUCGAAAGAACAACCAGUUUUUAAAUGUGCCAUUCGAUUUCUUCUUGGAGAUGAGAUUCAGAACAACCAGCAUAAAUCUUUCUCGAAGAAUUUACAGAAGAAAGAGAAAAUAAAAUCCCCAUACCGUUGACGGAACAACCAGUUUUUAUAUAUGCCAUUCGAUUUCUUCAUGCAGAUGAGAUUUUGAGUAAGAUUUAGAAUACUUAACAUGAAAUAUUUCCCGAAGAAUUUACAGAUGAAAGAGAAAAUAAAAUCCCCAUACCGUUGACCGAACAAUCAGUUUUUAAAUAUGGUAUUCGAUUUAUUCAUGCAGAUAAGAUUUGGAGUAAGAUUUAGAAUACCCAACAUAAAUCUUUUUCGAAGUAGGAAGAGAGACCAGAAUACUAAAAAAAAUAAGAUAAUCACGAGCAUAAUUAAUAGAUGGGCCGUUAUAGGAGUUGACUUACUGUGACGGCAUGGCAGGAUUCUGAUUUGCUCCCCUACAUUGUAGUCCUCGAGGCAGAUAGCACAAGUUCUUGACGUGCAGUUGUCCUCCAGGGCUGAUGUGA